AUGGACACCUCAACGGCUCUUCCGGUGAUCGUAGGUCACCCGAUCUUGACAGGACGCUGGGACUACUUGGAAUGGGCUAGGAAUUACGAUUGCCUCGUCAAACAGCUUAAGAUGGAAAAGUACGCUUCUCCUCGCUUAGGAAUAGAGGAUCCUGCUCCAAAUAUCGAACACGAGAAGCCAGUUAUGAAGACCGCUUACCAGCUGAUCCAAGAGCUGGACCAGAAGCGUACCCAGGAGUACAACGUCGCCAACGCAGCAUGGAGUGAGCAAAAUCCAAAUGCUGCUCCUGACGACCCUCGCAGACCCCAGCCGCCAGCGAACGCAGUCUUCGAUGACAUUGAGGAAUACUACUUUGUAUUGGCAGAGGAAUACAAGCUUUUAAUGGAAAACUGGGAGAUCUUGCUGCGCAAAGGCAUUCGAAUCUUUAACUGGAUCAGCCAGACAGUGGAGGGGUCCAUCCUCCACGAAGCAAUGUUCGCUGCUAACCAGGAGAACAAUUACACAAUUCAGUUCUUGGUGGAGAAGCUCCGAGAGACAUGCCGACCAUCCGAUUCGAGCUUCAGAUUGGGCCUGGCGAGGGACAAAACAAAUCUCUGCAGAUAG